GUGCGGCUGCGCGACAAUCGCGUUUUCGUUUUCUCAAUGAAGUGAGUAAUGGGACGUUGUUAACGUUCUUGUUUAUUUAUUUGAAUUAAACUUAUUUUAAAUGAUUUUCUUUCAAUUACAGUGAGUUUACAUAUUUCUGAGUAGACAGUGAAGUUUUAGUGCAAAUGUGGUUGUGUUGUUUGCUUAAAAUAUAACAGCGGAGAGUAUCCAUGGGCGUUGACUUCAGGCAGUCAAAAUCCAAGACUGAAUUAUGAAUCUCUUAUUAUUAACAUACAUACUAUCUACAACAGUAUUAGAACUAUGCAGCUCACAAGACUAUGCAUCUCCUACAUACAAUCCAGAUGUCAGUCAGACAAACCCCACAAAUGACUACCUGAACCCUGACCCAAAGUAUGACAACCCGUAUGAUCCAAACAGAAGGUAUCAAAACCGCAAUCAGAACUUUCCAAACCAACAAUAUGAUCCCAAUCGUCCAUAUGACCCCAAUCGAAGUCAGUAUGAUCCAAACAGGGGACAGUAUGAUCCAAGUCGCCCCCAAUAUGACCAGGAUCAGAGGUACAAUCAGUUUGAGAACAGGAAUCCAGAUGUGAACUAUAAUUUGAACCAGUACACUCCCGAUAACACUCCGAGACCAUCGUGGGAUACCAGCAGAACAUACAGUACUUCUUUUAAGGGUGCUCCUUUGGAACAUGACAGUGUCAUUAUCAAUGAAGCAACAUACUUCAUAGUAGCAUCUAAGAUGGUGCGUCCUGGCCAGAUAUACAAGAUAUCGGCCAACAUCCUGCAGGCACGCAUGCAGAUGACCAUCAGAGCUUCCAUUUCUUGCAAUGGAGUGGAGAUUGCUGAUGUCAACCAGAGAGUCAAGGAAGGAGUGCCGGAGAUAUUGAAUAUGAGGGUACCUCCAACCACAGUGCCAGGUGACUACAAGCUUCGCGUCGAAGGUCUGUACCUGGACACUCCAUUCGGAGGGCGCGCCUUCGUCAACGAGUCUCAACUGAUGUUCUCCAGGCGAUUCAUGACCAUAUUUAUACAGAUGGACAAACCUGUCUACAUGCAGGGACAAACUGUUCGUUUCCGUGUGAUUCCCAUAAACACGGAGUUGAAGGCAUUCGGUCGAGCUAUCGAUGUGUACAUCCUGGAUCCUAAUGGCCGCAUCAUGAAGAGAUGGCUUUCUAGACAGAGUAACUUCGGUACAGUAAGUCUGCAGUAUCAGAUGUCGGACCAGCCUCUGUUCGGCGAGUGGUCCAUCCGAGUGGAAGCCCUGGGACAGAUCGAAGAAACCACUUUCCUUGUUGAAGAGUACUAUCAGACUAGAUAUGAGGUGAACGUUACGAUGCCAGCAUUCUUCUUCAACACUGAACCAUUUAUCCACGGUCGUAUAAUGGCGAACUACACGUCGGGCGCGCCGGUGCGAGGCAACUUGACCUUGAAAGCGACCAUCCGGCCCAUACCUCAGUACCGGCCCAGGUACUAUACGCAGGGACAGUUCAACAACCGAGGACAGUUCGGAGUCCCUGCUGGGUAUGGUGGCAACCAGUAUACUCGAGUACGCCAAAACCCUUACAACAACAACUACAACAGCGGCUACAACAACGGUUACAACGACUCGAACUACCAACAACAGCAGUACGACACCAACUACGGACAGUCGUACAUCGACGAGUACGGCAGGGUGGUGAACAAGGAGCCGCGCUACAUACCGGGCCAGCCCAACCAGCUCGAACAACCCGACUGGUGGUACGACCCGCAGAAAGUCGUCACUAGAAUGUUCAACUUUGAUGAAAAGUACCCAUUCUGGAUGCCGAAGCCGGACCCGACGCAGUACGCGAUCGACCACAGCAACAACAACAACCCGAACUACAACACGUACACCACUACGACAACAUACAACAACUACUACAACAAUCCUUACUACGACCAGUUGCCUUAUUUGAGAUUUUUCAACGGUACAUACGACUUCAAAUACCCGAUGUCGGAGUUGGCCCAGCUGGUGCCAACGCUGGACGGCGUGGAGGUGAUCAUCACGGCGUCAGUCGGGGACCCCUUCCUGGACGAGGUCAUCGAGGGAUACAGCAUCGCCAGGAUCUUCAACUCCUCGCUACAGGUCACCUUCCUCGGUGGAACCCCUCAAGUCUUCAAACCUUCCAUGCCUUUUGAUGUUUAUAUGGUGGUAUCGUACCACGACGGGUCCCCGCUGCCCAGCUGGCAGGCGCGCGGCGUGUCGCUGCAGGUGCACGUGGUGGUGGAGGGCCGCGGCGGCGCCGUGGAGCCCCAGCAGCCCACGCUCGUGCCCGGACACGACGCCGUCUGGCAUCUCAAGCUGGAUCUCUACAAACUGCUGCGGCUGCAGUCCGACCCGAACUACCGCGAGGUCCUGAACAGCGUGACGGGGGUCCGGCUGAGCGCGCAGCUGGUGGACGCGGUGGGGUCCCACGCCGCCGCCGACGUGCACUUCGUGGCCCACUACAGCGCCAACAACCAACACAUACGGAUCGCCACCUCCACUACUGACGCCAGGGUGGGCGAGUACAUAAUCUUCCACGUACAAAGCAACUUCUACAUGGAGUCGUUCAACUACGUGGUGAUGUCUAAAGGCAUCAUCCUCACCAGUGGACAGGAGAUCAUGCAGGAGGGAGUCCGUACGUUCGCGGUGACGGUGUCGGCGGAGAUGGCGCCGGUGGCCACGGUCCUGGUGUGGAGCGCCCAGCGCCGGGGACAUGUGCUGGCCGACUCGCUCACCUUCCCAGUCAACGGCAUCUCUAGGAACAAUUUCACAGUAUUCAUAAACAACCGCAAGCACCGCACGGGCGAGCGCGUGGAGGUGGCCAUCUACGGCGAGCCCGGCGCCUACGUCGGACUCUCCGCCAUCGACAACACCUUCUACACCAUGCAGGCCGGGAACGAACUCACAUACGCCAAGGUGAUAUCGAAGAUGUCCCACUUCGACGAGUCCACCAACGGCACGUUCCAGUACACGUGGCGCUCGCACUUCGGCGACGCGGACGACCUCGUCUACUUCCCCUCCUCCACCUUCGGCAUCGACGCCAACAGGACCUUCGAGUACGCGGGUCUGCUGGUGUUCAGCGACGUGGCGGUGACGCGGCGCUACAGUACGUGCAACGUGUCGCAGGGCUACGGCGAGUGCCUCGAGGGGGGCUGCUACCCGCUCAGCAAGCGCUGCGACGGCGCCUACGACUGUCCCGACCAUACCGACGAGGCUAACUGUGAGAACGACUUCCACAAGUCAUUCGAGCUGACUCACUUCCGCAAGUUCCGAUUCAACCGCGUGCAGCGACAGUACGACAACGUGUGGCUGUGGCGGGAUGUGAACAUUGGACCGCACGGACGAUACGUCUUCACUGUCGAUGUGCCACAGAUACCAGCUCACUGGAUAGUGUCGGCGUUCAGUAUGUCUCCCAGUCUCGGUUUGGGCAUGUUAACGGAACCGAAGCAAUACGUGGGCGUGCUGCCGUUCUUCAUAAAGGUGGAGGGCCCCGAGCAGUGCCGGCAGGGCGAGCAGGUGGGGCUGCGCGUGGUCGUGUUCAACUACCAGCCGCAGGACAUCGAGGCCGUCGUCGUGCUCGCCGCCUCGCCCGACUACAAGUUCGUGCACGUCGAGGAGAAUGGCAUCGUCCGUUCGUACAACCCGCGCACGUCGUUCGGCGAGCACCAGUUCUUCGUGUACAUUAGUGCGGGGGACGCGGCCACCGUGCACGUGCCCGUGGUGGCCACGCGCCUCGGGGACAUACACGUCCGCCUGCACGCCGCCACGCUCAUGGGGCAGCACCACUACGUCAAGAAGAUCAACGUACAGCCGGACGGCCUGCCGCAGUACCGGCACCAGUCGGUGCUGCUGGACCUGUCCAACCGCGCGUACGUGUUCCAAUACAUGCACGUCAACGUCACGGAGACGCCCAUCAUCCCCUACGAGGUGGACCGGUACUACGUGUUUGGCUCCAACAAGGCCCGGAUAUCCAUCGUCGGAGAUGUCGUCGGACCUCUCUUCCCCACUAUGCCUGUUAACGCUAGCAGCUUGCUACAUUUGCCUAUGGACUCAGCAGAGCAGAACAUGUUCAGUUUCGCCGCGAACAUGUACCUGACGCUGUACAUGCGUCUCAUCAACCAGCGCAACAGGACCUUGGAGCGUGAUGCCUUCUACCACAUGAACAUACUCUACCAACGACAGCUGUCCUUCAUGAAGCCCGACGGUUCCUUCAGCUUGUUCAGAAGCGAUUGGAACCAAUCUGCAUCAAGUGUGUGGUUGACCUCAUUCUGCGCGAAAAUAUUCCAAGAUGCGUCGUUCAACGAGUGGGAGAACUUUAUUUACAUCGACCCUGAGGUGAUAUCAACGGCAGUAUCCUGGGUGCUGGACCAUCAGACUCCGGAAGGUGCUUUCUACGAGGUGACGUGGCUACCAAACAGGAACGACAACGCUACCAUCGUGGUGCCCAAGAACAGCUCGCUUUAUAGAGAAGCCUUCAGCAAUACUGGCUGGCACGACCCUUCUGCUAUCGAAGUAAAUGACUCGAUAAUAAUGCAGCGGAACAUCACGUUGACUGCUCAAGUUGUCAUCACUCUGGAAACUGUCAAGAAUCUCAAGGAUAUUGGAGUGAGAGAGGGCCUGAGCGCGCGCGUGUCGUCGGCCCAGCAGCGCGGCGUGCGGUGGCUGGAGCGGCACCUGCGGCUGCUGCACGAGCACGGCGACCCCUACUCGCUCGCACUCGUCGCGCACGCCCUCACCUACUCCAAGGCGCCCAGCUCCGAGCACGCAUACCGCCUGCUCAAGCGGAGGCAGCGGUACGAAGGUGGUCUAAGUUACUGGGGCAAGGAGCCAGUACCGCAGCCUCCUUACAAGAUGGAGAACCAGAAACCGUUCCUUCUGCCCCGCCUGCCGUACAAGUACGACUCCAACAACAUCGCAGCCACGGCGUACGCGCUACUGGCCUGCAUGGACCACCAGGAUAACAACGAGCCUAUAGUUAUGUGGCUCAACUCACAACGCUUGCAAGAUGGCGGAUGGGCUUCUACACAGGACACGUACAUAGCCCUCCGCGCCCUGAUCGAGUACACGAACCGCAAGCGGCUGCGAGACGUGUCCUCGCUGACCGUCAGCGUGGACGCCGUGGCACUCUCCGGGGAGACCAGGACGCUGCACGUCAAGAACGAUAACCUCGCCGUCAUGCAGUUCAUUGAUAUCCCCGAGGCGUGGGGCACGGUGAAGGUGACGGCGCGCGGCGCGGGCUACGCCAUCCUGCAGAUGUCGGUGCAGUACAACGUGGACAUCGCGCGCUUCCAGACGCCGCCGCCCGUCAACUGCUUCUCCCUCGUCUCCUCGCACCACUUCUACGGGAGAAAUCAGUCGCAUAUCGAGUUCCAGGGCUGUGCCAGCUGGACAUUAACCCAAGAGUCGCCUCGGUCCGGCAUGGCGGUGCUGGAGGUGGGCGUGCCGACGGGUUACAUGAUCCAGCAACAGAAGCUCGACGCCUACGUCCUGGCGCGCAAGGUGCCCACGCUGCAGCGAGCCAAGUAUCUCACCACUAAGAUACUCUUCUACUUUGACUAUUUGUCUGAAGAGCCGACGUGUGUGAACUUCACGAUAGAGCGUUGGUUCCCGGUCGCCAACAUGUCACGAUACCUACCGAUGCGUGUCUAUGACUACUAUGCACCUGAACGAUUCAACGAAAGUAUAUUCGACGCGCUGCCGACGUAUCUCCUGAACAUUUGCGAAGUGUGUGGCUCCUCCCAGUGUCCAUACUGCGCCAUUUACAACAACGCGCGACACUUGACGCUCGCCACGCCACUACUCCUCAUAGCGGUUAUACUAACUGUCGCUCGGUACAUAAGACCACAAGUCUCUCUAUUUGGAAUCUCAUAGGUACGUACAAGCAAUCGAUAUUUGAAGAAAUAUGGGAUAGAAUACCAAAACUGUACGCUUUAUUAACAGAAUGACUCAAUUUAUGCUCUAAAGGGAUAUAUUUUUUUGUUCCCAGUGACCUUUACCAUUUGUAAAAUCAUUGGUUUUCUUGUCCCGGAGACAAGGUCCAAAUAUCCAACUUAGUUUAUAGUCAUUCUGUUAAUAAACCUUUUUAAGAUUGCAAAAAGCUAACACCCAUUAUGUAGAUAGUAUGUAUACAAUUAAUUAUUAACAAAUUUUCAAGAGCAAAUGAAAUCAUAAAUGAUUUUUUUUAUAUUAAGUAAAACAAUUAUUUGCAUGUUGACUAAAAUGUUAAGCUAAAAGACAAUAGUAUGAGUGAUUAAUUAUCAAAUGGAUAUUGAAUCCAAGUAUUUUUAUAAACUAACAUAAAAUUGUAUUACGAAAUCACUCACAAGAAUCGGGCAACUAUAUAAAAAUGUAUGUAUUGGUAAGCAAUCUCUAGAAGUCUAGAUAGAUGAAUAAUUUUGUAAGCUGUGUCAAAAAUUACACAAAAAGUUAAUUUAAGUAAGUUGUAUUGGCAGCUGCACAUUAUCCAUUACGAUUUAAUGCUAUCUGCAGCUAGAAACCCAUUGGAUCGUAUUGUAUUUUAUAGGUUUAAAUAAAGUAGAACCAUUCUUAU